CACACUAUCACCACAUCCUCGGCCAGAUUUGCCAAACCUCCAGUCGCAAUCCCCACUCCAUUCAAUUCAAAAUGGGUCUCGUCGACGCCCCGAACAAGGUCCCCGAGCAGCAGCGGAUCUAUCAGGCUGCGUACCGCGCUCACCAGCGCAUCUGGCGAAUCCACCCUCGCAGCAACAUGUACCUCCGCCCCUACGUGAUCUUGCUCUGGGGCAGCACCGCCGCUACCAUGUACGCCAUGGGCCGCAGGAUCUUUGGCUACAGCACCUGGUUCAGCAGCGAGGCAAAGUGAGGAUGGGGCGGCAACCAAGGGACUGUGUUGGCUGGAGAUGUAGGUGUUGCAUGACGACUUGUAUAUCUAGAGCGGAAAUGGUAUAGAGGCGGACUCUGCUGGAGAGAGGCAAUGCCGAGCCAGGCCAGGUUUUGUUGUGUUCCGUAGUCUUCACGAUAUCGACUCGUCAUUCAUGUGAA